GAGCGGUGUAGUCGCUAGCCGGCAGUCGCAGCUCGCUCGUCAGCCAUGCCGGACGCAGAAACUAUCCUCCGUGACCUCCUCCACAAAGCGUUCGGCGGCGCGGACGUCCACGUGAAAGCGAUCACCAGCGGCGGCGCCAACUACACCUCCGCGCUCUACACCGUCACCGUGCCGCAGAAUGGACAGGCACUCAAACUAUUCGGUAAAGUCGCCAUCAUCGGCGAAAAGAUGAGAGCGGUCAUGAACGCCGAAAACCUCUACAGCACAGAGCAAUACAUUUACACCAAAAUACAGAAAGUAUUCCACGAAUUGCAAGAGAAACAUGACAUACCACAGAAAUACAGGUUUGUUUUCCCGAAAUUUUACGGAUGCACGGCUGAAUUAGGCUCCGAGACGAUACUGCUGGAAGAUCUGACCAUACGAGGGUUUGGAGCUUACGACAGACUACAAUCUGUGGAUUGGGAGCAUGCCGCGAGCUCUGUGACGGCGAUGGCGCGUUUCCAUGCGUUGUCGUUCGCGUACAAGAAUGAAUAUCCAGAAGAUUAUGAGGAAGCUACUAAAAGAUUAAUGCACAAAUAUGAUGCUCCGGAAGACGAGAGCUCCUUGAAAGUGUGGGAGAAGAUAAUUGGCGGGGCCUUGAGUGUAGUGGACGACGAGACAACUCGCGACAAGCUGGCGCGACUUCUCACCACGGAGAAUGCUUCCGAAGAAUUUGCUAAGUACAAAAUGCCUCUAAGUGUUGUGGUGUUGACGCACGGUGACUACAGGCCCAGUAACUUGCUGUUCAGGAGAGUGGUAAGUUAUUGCGAGUUUUAUGAUUAUUGUCUUCUAAUUUUUCGCCUGUGCUGAGCGAUCUAAAUGAAUU